UAAGAUAGUCUACGGUUCUUUCAAGAAUUUUUGUUUACAUCAGACACAUUACAUUUGACAAAAGAUACGACCCCCACAAUUUUAUGCCUAUAAGCCAGGUAGUACAUUCACUCAUAUUUUCUGUAAAUUUAUGUAUUAUUUUCCUACAAAUUUAAAUUUCCAGGAAAUUUCAGAAGAAAUCAGUGCAUAUGAAUACACGAUCGAUAGAGACUUUUAUACAGGAACUUUGAAAGCGUCAUUCACUUCAGGAAGUACAGUUGAAGAUAAAUUGCUCUUAAAGUCACAUCCUUUCUGUUGUCGUGAUUAUCUAAAAGAGGAAACCAACACAAGAACAAAGGAAAGAAAGAUCAUUUGGCACAUUGUUUCAAAAGAUGAAAGCAGCAGUGGUUGCACAUCAACUUGGCAACCUAAUUUCCAACCGAAGCAUUUUGGAGGAUCUCAAAAAUAGCCUCCAGACUUUGCAAGAUAAAAGGCAAAAAGUGCAAGAAAAUCUUAUUUGGGAAGAUGAAGAAUUCCAGACUCAAAGUGACUGGCUCAAAAGAGUGGAUGAGAUUCUUGGACAAGGGGAUAAAUUAUUGAACUCCUAUGAAGGCAGUACUUGCACAAAUAUUUUGUUGCGGUACAAGGUUGGUAAACAAUCAAGAAAGAUGCAACCAGAGAUUUCAGUAUUAAUUAAUAAAGGAGAAUCUCAUGUAUCAGCGAAAACACGAAAACAUGAAAGACCAGCAUCAAGAGAUGAAACGAUAGCAGAUAUUAUGGAUGCCCUAAGGAACCCUGAUAUCCAAGCAGUUGGAGUAUGGGGGCUGGGUGGUUUAGGCACAACCUCAUUAGCCGAAAACAUUAGAGAGAAAACAAAAGAACAGAAUUUGUUUGAUGCAAUGGUUUUCAUAACUGUAACUGAUAAGCCAAAUCAGGAACAAGUUCAAAAUGCUAUUGCAAAUGCAUUGGGAGUGCAGUUUACCAACGGAGAAAGUCUUGUGAAAAGAAGAAAUAAAUUGCGUCAGAGAAUAAAAAAAGAGGAAAGUACUCUCAUCAUAGUUGAUGAUACGUGGGGGGAAUUGAACCCAGAAGAAUUUGACUUGGAGGAAUUUGGAGUUCCUCCGGGUAAUGAACAUGAAGGGUGCAAAGUAUUCUUGACAUCAGGAAAUUUGAAAUUUAUACAAUAUUUGGAGGAUGCCUCUAAGCUUAAUAAAGUGUUUCAAUUAGAAGAAUUACAAAAAGAAGAGGCUCGAAAGCUGUUUGAGAAGAAGGUUGGAAGUUUUGAUGAAGAUCAAAGUUCCAUUGUAGAAGAAAUAGUGAGAAGUUGUGAAGGUUCCAUUUCUUUAAUUUAUGCCCUAGCAAAGGCAUUAGAAAAUAAGGGCGAAGAUGCCUUGAUGCAGUUCAAGGAAAAUAGUUCACCAGCAAAACUAUUGUCCUAUUGUUUGGAAGAAAAUGAGGAACACAAAGCAUUGUUGUAUCUUCUUGCUAUUAGGGGAAGAAGAUUUAUUAACAGUUAUAGCAUGUACAUAGACAUGUGGACAGGUGUAUUCAAAAAUCUGGAAACAGCAGAUGCUGCAAGAAAAAAGCGUGAGUCACUGAUUAGUGAUCUGAAGGCCUAUGGUCUUGUGGUUGAAAAGGGAAAGGACUGGGUCAAAGUAGAUGACUAUUUAUAUCAUACUGCUUAUCGAAUGGCCCUACAUGAUAAAAGAGCUUCAGUGAUUUCCACAGAAUGGCCACCUGAAGAAUUGCUAACAGAUCUUCACUUCUGCAACUUACAUCCUGUUGGUGAUUUGAAGCUUCCCGCAACGUUGCAAUGUCCAAACUUGAAACAUCUUCUGAUAAGUAGGGAAAAUUCCACAAUAGAUGUUCCAGAUUCAUUUUUUGAGGAGACUAAACUUCUGAAAGUGCUAGAUUUCGUUUCCUUUCAUUGCCCAAAGCUGCCUCUUAGUUUUGUUGUUUUAAAGGACCUUGAAGCAUUAUCCAUGUAUCAUUGUGAAUUGGGAGACAUUAAAGAAGUUUGUGAGCUCACAAAUCUACGAAUGCUAGGCCUCCUUGGAAGUAGUAUCCGACAAUUGCCUGCGCAAAUUGUAAAGCUUCAGAAGUUGCUAUUCUUGGAUUUAAGAGACACAAAUCUCCAAGUGAUUCCACCGAAUGUCCUGUCCAAAUUGACAAGCUUGGAAGAAUUAUAUUUGAGAAACUCCUUCUGUAAUUGGGAGAUUGAAACGUCUACCAGUGAAAACAAGAAUGCAAGCUUGAAAGAGCUUACAGACUUGGAACACUUGGCAUACAUAGAAGACAUGUAUGUUCCUGAUCCGCAGGCAUGGCCUGUGGACUUGUUCUUUGGAAACCUAAGAUCAUAUACAAUUUUCAUUGGUAACGGGUGGGACCGAGCAUAUGAUGGUGAUCAUGAAUUGAAGACAUUGAAACUGAAGCUGAACAGGAGGUUUCAGUCAGAGAAUGGAAUAAAAAAGAUGCUGAAAGAAGUUCAGGUUUUGUACUUGGAUACACUGAAUGGUGUCCAGAAUGUUGUUAAUGAUAUGGAGUGCGAUGGGUUUCCACAACUGCAGUCUCUUUUCAUUCAACACAAUGCUGAAGUCAAAUUCAUAGCCACAGGGUCAGGUAACGAUCCUCUUGAUACUUUCCCGAACUUGGAGUCACUGUCUCUCACCAUUCUGAGCUAUUUGGAGUACAUAUACCAUGGUGAUUCCUUAACUGAGAAAUCUUUCUUCAAACUGAGAGUCAUCAAAAUAGAGAAAUGCAAUGCAAUGCGAUGUCUCUUCUCAGUAUCCAUGAUCAAUGGUAUUCCUCAUCUUGCUACUUUGGAAGUUUCACAGUGCACAUCCAUAAAGGCAAUUAUGCUAUUUGAAGGUGCAGAGAAUCGUCCCAUAGAAUUUCCUGAAUUAUGCUCUCUAACCUUAAAAGGACUCCCAGCAUUAAUCAGUUUCUGCUCAACUGAAGGAUCCUCUUCUGCUACACUUUUCCAUGACAAGGUUUCUUGCCCUAAGCUGGAGACAAUGGUGAUUUCCGAGGUUAGUGAAUUGACAACAAUAUGGAAUGAAGAGUAUGAUGCUGAAAAUUCAUUUGGGAAACUGAAAAACGUAAUUAUCAAAGAUUGUGAGAAAUUGAGAACUGUUUUUCCAGUUAAUCUUUCCAAAAAUCUUGAUAAUUUGAAGACGUUAGAGGUUAGAAAUUGCAGUUUAAUGACGAGCAUUUUCACUGUGAUGAGGCAAGAUAGCACAAAACCAGGGCUUCAAUUGAGCAUUCCAAUGAUUGAAAUAACUUUAACUGGUCUUCCCAAAUUGGAGUAUGUGUGUGUUACUACAGGAUUUGAAGCCUUGAAGAAAAAAUUCGAGGAAGAAUGGUAUGCUGGCCUUCCCGGAUUAUCAGGUAACGCACGUAUUGAACACGGAAGAAAAAUGAAAAAAUAUUUGGAAGAAUAUUUGAAUAUGUAGGUGUGCUUGAACAAUAGCAUGAACCUUAAAUUGUAAAUUUCAUUCCUUCUUAACUUAAACUAAAGUUAUGUAUGUAUGCAUUUGAAUUUUCAUUGUUCGUUUAAA